AUGUACAACACUAGUACCGAUAUCUGGGUUGCAGGCGCAUUUGCGGCAGUCGUAGUCGAUUUUGUCGUCUACCCAUUCGACACACUUAAGACCCGUGUCCAAUCUCCAAACUAUGAAAAGGUCUUCAAAGAUGCGCGCACAGGAGCAGUGCAGCGUAAAGUACUCUUUCAAGGAUUGUACCAAGGCGUCUGGAGUGUGGUAUUCUCGACAAUUCCAGCGUCCGGUGCAUUCUUCACCACAUACGAAGCUGUGAAGCACAUUAUGUACAACUCCUCAACAAAAUAUCCCACAAGCAUAACGGGUGGCAAGGCGACGGCCCCCGAGGGCUCUCUAAAUAGUCUUCGCUUGCCCUUUACACAUUCCCUCCCUACUCCAAUCAUGCAUGGAAUUGCCUCUUCGGCCGGGGAGAUGGUGUCAUGUCUCAUGCUCACGCCGGCAGAAGUACUUAAACAAAAUGCGCAAAUGAUCCAAGGUCGCCAAACAAACAAGUCCGCCAUGGGACAAGUGCUAUUGCGAUUCCGACGUCAUCCUUGGCGCCUAUGGAGUGGGUACACAGCACUGGUUGGUCGAAAUCUGCCAACUACAGCUUUACAAUUUCCGCUCUUUGAGUAUGUGCGAUCACGCCUGAUUGCCCGACGGAGGCAAUGGAAAGCGAACCGCAGCAAUACUGGGCGAUCACCGUCGGAGCAGUCAGAACAACUAGUCGAACGGGCCGGCUUGACGGGUAUAGCUGCGGCAUGUUCGGGGACGGUCGCGGCGACGGUGACUACUCCAAUUGACGUGAUCAAGACUCGCGUCAUGCUUUCGGCGAGUGAUUCUAGCAUGAGUUCCCAAGACCAAAGUACUCGGGCCGGUACUCAUGGAAGUGAAGUCUUAUCUUCGGAGGCACAAACAAAAGCCAAGCCUAACAAAUCUCUCAUUUCUGUCGGUCGUGAUAUCAUACGUUAUGAGGGCAUCCGUGGGUUGUUCAAGGGCGGACUGAUACGGGCUGGUUGGACGGCGAUUGCAUUGGGCCUGUAUCUAAGCCUGUAUGAGGGAGGCCGGUUUUAUCUGGAGAGUCGGCGGAAGGAGCGGGACCGUAUCAAUGGGAAAUUUGGAAAGCAGAUUGACGAAGGCGAGGAGGUUAUCUAG